AUGUCGUCGUCCCCCAAGGCAUGGUCGUUGAUAGUGGUCCUGGCAGCACUCGUACCCAGAGGUGCCUUUGCCCAGACGUCGACUGUAACAUGCCUGUCCUCUUUUGGUUGGAUGAACAACAGCCUCCAACAGAACCCUUGCGAGGUUGCUUCCUACCUUGAGGGCGUCUGCACAGGUGGAGCUUUUUCAAUCAGUCCUUUACCUCCCGACACCCAUUAUGCAGCUCCCACGGUCGCUGAAGCCAGCGCUUGCGAAUGCAACACAGUGACCUACUCCCUGGUUAGCGCUUGCGGCGAUUGUCAGAACGCCACGUAUUUACCCUGGUCUUCCUGGAGCUACAAUUGCAGCGAGGUAUACAUCCAAACGUAUCCAAAUAACAUCCCGUCUGGCACCUUGGUUCCGAAUUGGGCGUACCUGUCCGUGAACUCCUCUGUGGGAUUCGACCCUGUCGCAGCGCAAGCCGCCGGAGAUACCCCGGAAUCUAGCGCAACAAAAGUACAAUCUACUGGCUCAGUCACUUAUUCGAGCACUGUGUCUGCUUUGACCAGUUCUUCGGGCGCGGCCGCAGGAUCUUCAUCACCAACAUCAUCACCAACUAACUCGACAAGUUCAAACGCUGGAGCUAUAGCUGGGGGUGUUGUGGGUGGAGUUGUAGGAGCUGCACUCAUCAUAGGUCUUGCGACAUGGUUCUUCAUCAAACGCCGUCGUUCUGCUACAGCGCCAUCGGCCGCCUUCAGCGACAUUGGCGGGGGUCCGGGCUACAACACUCAAAGUGUUUAUUCCCCUAACCCUCUUCCAUUCGCAGGACAAACCCAAAUGACGCAACCACGUCUUUACGACCCCUCUGACCCGUCCACUUUCCCAGGUUCUCCUCCCUCCCCCACCAUCCUGACCACUGGGUCUAGCAACAUAUACCAGAAUCCAUCCAUACCGUCACAUGUGCUUUCCCAACAGUCGCGGCCUGGACAGUACAAUGGCACUCCGGAGAUCUAA